AUGCCUCCGACGCCUCACCGGACCCGAGUCCGGCCCAGCCCGAGCACGAGCAAGUCCCCACGGCGCAGGGGGCUCGCCGCGGAGUUCGUCGACUCGGACAACGAUGAAGCCUCCUGUUGCGCUCGGUAUCACGUCUCGGUCCGCAGUGCAAAGAACCUGAAGCGAGAGGGAUUCCGCGGGCUGACGAACCCGUACUGCCAGCUGAACGUCGGGAGGCAAGGCCCUUACACCACCGAUGUCGUCUUCGACUCCGUCAACCCUUCGUGGGAAAACAAUCGCCAGACUUUCGAGUUCAGGGAGGCAAAGGGUCCGCAGGAGGAUAAGCUGACGCUAGCCUGCUUCAAUUCUGGGGACGUGCCCGAGCUGAUCGGAAGGCUGAGUGUGGCCCUGUCCCACGCCACCCACAAGGUCAUCAGCCUUCCCAUGUUCCGCAAAGACCUCGGGGGGUCCCAAGUCUGGGCGGGUAGCGUCGAGAUCGAGCUCCACUACAUCCCGGAAGGCGAGGCGGGGUCCCCGGCUCGCGGCGGACGGGUAGGAAGGCCCGCCCUCGACGAGACUGAUGAUGUCAACCGCGGCGGCAACAACCCCUACCCGCCCAUGUCCCCGUCCGCGACAACGACGACGACGACGUCCCUCGCCUCUUCCUUCGUCAAGGCGGCCUUGUCCUUGCCGCACAAGCCGCGGACCUCCGGCGGCGCCGGCGACGGCGCGGCAGCGGCAGCGGUGCAGGCGGAGCUGCUGGCCCUCUCUCCGCGGACGGCGACGCGGGGAACGGAGAAGAAGAAGGCGAUGUCGGCUACGAAGUCGCCGGCGUUGGCAAGAGUGAGCUCUCUGCCGGGCACGGAGAAGGCGGCAGCCUCGUCCUGUUCCUCCUCCGCAGGAGCCCACAAGGGCGGCGGCGGGAGCGACCGCUACGGCUCUGCCGCGGCGGUAGCCCAGGAGGACCUGCUGCCCCUGUCGCCGAGGAUGGCGAGGGGGGCCGAGGCGGCCGCCGCGGCGGCGGCGGCUGCCGUGGCAGAGGCCGCCAGGGGACGGGGUUACAGCAAGGGCGGCAGCGCGGGGGGUUGGAGCUGGAAGUCGUUCUUCUGCGGGGUUGUGUUCUCGGCGCUGCUCGUGUUGGGGGGGUUGUGGGCCGUCGGCGUUCCGCUGUUGUCGGGACAACUUGGGUUCGGCCUGAGGGUCCUGGAGGACGGCGAGAACGGUCGGCAAGCGGUUGUUCUCAUCCACGGCUCGAAAAUAGCCGGGCUGGCUGACAGGCACCUGGUGGUGUUCGUGGGCGAGCAAGAGGUGUGUCGCGGGGGGGUGCCAGCCCCGGCACCACCGACGGAGGGAUCAUCGUGGGCGUACGACCUCUGGUCUUCGGAUUCGGCCGCCGCUGCGGCCGCCGGUGACGGGGGAGAUGGCGGCAAGGGUCGGAGCGGACGCGGCGGAGGACGGGAGGAGCAUACCGGCGACAACGGUGGAGAAUCUGAUUGCGGCCGCUGGUGUUCUUUCUGCCGCUGGUGUUCUCUCUGCCGCCGGCUUGCGGCGCCCCUCUACGCCGCUCGGCGAGAGGUCGGCGGCGGCGCACUCGGCACGGACCUCUGA